UCUCUAUACCGUCGACUGCUGAACAAAGCCCAGCAGCAGCCAUCGUUCCUCAAUUCGAAUCGCAGAACCAGCGUGGAUACCAUGCGCAAAUACAUACGGGCGUUUAAGCAAAUAUUUUUGAUGUACAUACAGUAAAAAGUGACCAUCGAUUGGAAACGAAAAUACACAUAACCGUACUAAAGUCAAAUAUGUGUUCUCUAAUAACGCCCACUGGCCAUUCCAAAACGUUUAACUCAUUCGGCGGAAGACGAGUUCGAAUUUUUGGCAAAUGUUUCUCCCGGACUGACACGACGUGACUCAGAGCAACGCAUCGAUGCGUUGAUUCAUAGGUACAUAUCCGGUUAACGUCGAAAAUGUUCUUUAUACCGCAGCUGACGAGAAACAGCUUUGCAAAAAUUGCCGCUUUUAAGAUAAACAGAACCGCUCGGUUAUUAUUCUUGUGAACAGCUUCGAGGGAAACAAAGAAAAAAAUAAAGAACAGUUACAAUGAAAUCGGAACCUCUUAUUCAUCGGUUGUUUGAAAUUCUAUUCUGCAAGGAGGGUUUAAAUACCCGAUUAGCCAGCGGAUAGUGCGUUCUCAUAGGACAAAAAUAAAAAAUCAAGUUUUAUCUGUAUUCGAUGCAGCUCCCAAGUAGGCUUGAAGAAAGAGAAAUUAAGGUGUUAGUUUUUAUUCAGGCUUCUUUUGAACUGGAAGAGUUUGUCCCGGACUUUAAGAAUAAUUAACAAUUUUUCUUAUGAAAACAUACUUUUUUGGUAAACACCAAUCCAUCUUCUAUUAAAAUAUUUAGAUCGAAAAUUGAUCAGAUUAGAAGUUUUUAUUUUUGUCCUGAAAUACCAUGAGCGUAACAAACUGCAACGCUGAUAUACGCAACCGUUAGGAACCCUGAGAACAAGCCACCUGUUCCCCGAAUGAUUAAAAACUAAACGACGGUGAUCAUCUCUCACCCCUCGAUCCCUUUGCUUCACCUUUCCUCCAUUUUCGAUAUUUUAAAGAAAUCAAUUAUCGCAAAGGGUAUCGGGUAAUCGCUUUGCUAUUCAUGUAUUCCCGUCGAACGUAAAUGAAAACGAAUUAAGGGGUGAUUGUGCAUUCACGCGACUACUAAUUUCUUGUGCUCCGGGAUCGUCAAUUAAUUAGAAUUUUCCUGGCAUUGCAACGCUUUUUAUAAAAAGGAAAUUACGGACAUUUAUACAAUCUCCCUUUGACAUUCUUUUCAUUUGAAAAUUCAUAUUCCUCCUUCUCAAGACAAUCCUAAUACUUUUUUUCUAUUUCUGUCGGGAUGUUACAAUCGAAAUAGUUAACUAAUCUGCAUCGAGUGGGCGUUUACUCCAAAUCCAUUCACGUAGGCGCUCUUUCUUCUCGAGAUCCAAAACAAUGAGGAAAGGUAACACCUACGUACUAUCAUAUCCCUUCACAUAGAAGGGUCGAUCGAACCAUCCUCCUCGCGUUUGAUAACGUGCCCUCGACAAAAAUAGACUCGCAAAGACAAGUUUUGUAUCACGGCUCUUUGUUAGCCUGGGAAAUCACGGGUAGUUGCGAAGUUCGCAAUUAAAAGUUCCUCUUCGGCUUCUGUAAAUGUUUCUUCCUUGUCGAGCAGCCAAUUAUUUAAAUAUCAACGAGUCUCCUACCUUUGUGAAGAACAAUGGCGCGAAUUCGCGUGAACCACAAAGUUGCGCUAGGGAUAUUAUUACAGAUCGCACCUACACUUCUAUCAAUAAGUCAAAACGGUACCCGCGUGACUCACGCACACGGGAAAGAAGGUAUAGGUGCGCAUUGCAGUCGGACACCUUAAUUGUUACUCGGAAGUCUGCGGUGAACAUCCGCAGAAGUAACGAUAUUUCUGAUACGUACAUACGUACAUACAUACCUGCAUCGCUAAUGUUGUUUUAAACGGAGGUAUUUGCUAGUUCGCUGUUUACGCCCACGCGUUCCUACGUUGCGACUGACCCCAUUUGCCUCAUUGUUGAGAGAUAUGCACGAUAACAACGUUCAAAAUCGAACAUUUCUAUCCAUCUUGAGAUCACCAAUAUUUCACCACAAAAUUCACUUGCGAACGUUAUCUAACCCAAUUCAAUUGGUGAUAAAGUGAUUGUGAAUUUUACACGUUCAACGUUCAAAAGUAUGACAUUAUUAUUCAUGAAAGAUAAGAGGAAUCUCAAUUCAGAUAGCGUUUAUAAACGGCAGAUAAAAUCUACUACUGAGGAUCAACUGGGUCACACAAUUAAGAAACAAGAAAAACGAAGUAACCGAAAAAGGGGCAAACAUCCCAAGUAAGAGACACGGGACAAACAUCCGAAAAGUUUAGAUACAGAUCUCGGUCGGUCAACCUGAUUUUCUAUUAAGGUCGCCAGGGAGUUAUCCUCUCGUUCGCUUAUGCAACGGAUUUUCGGGUAGUCGUUCGAGUGUGCAUAAACAGAGACCCGGCCACGAUUUCCCCGUUGUACGAUUGAAAAGCGGCGAGUACGUGGUGCGAAUAUUCGGUGGAGUUCCGACCGGUUAAGCGGCUCUGUGCGCUCGGCAGUCGCAUUACGUGCCGCUGAGGGCGGCUCGGUGUCGUAAAAGGGCGCGAGGGCCCAUUCGGGGAAUAAAACUGAGGAUACACGGGAAUAUAAUCGGGUAAUCGUCGGCGGUGCCGUAAGCUCGUAGAUGGAGGAAUCCGAUCAGAUAUCCUCCCGGCCUUAUUGCCACGUGCCUCGAGAACUCCUUUAUUUGAUCGUGAACCGCUUUGUGGGGCCAUAGGACGGACCUGUUUUAUUUCUUCAUUAGUACGUCCGCGCGAGAGGUUGUAACGGCCGGAUAUUCCACCUGGUUUAACCGGAAUCGGUCGCUUAUGAUCCAACAUGAACGUUCAAUUUGUUCGGCCUUCUUUCUCUCUCGCUGGAAGAUCGUAGGAAACGGGAUCCGGGAAUUUUUCGAACGGGAUAAAUAAGAGAUGUACACGGCAAGCGAGGCGUAACGGCGUUCCGAUCAAAGACACAGUUUUCGAAGAUAGGUAUCGAGGAUCCGUGGCGGGGAAUUGGAACGGUUUCGCGCGAGUGCCAUUCAAUUUCGCAUGCAUCUCGAAUCCGGAUGCUUCGGAGUGAACAUUCCGCUGCGAACUCUCACGGGCCAUAGGAACAAGGCUAAUUCGAUUUAAGCGUAACACGGUUUAGCGUCAUUCGCCUCUCGCUCUGCGUUUCCAAUGACACAGACGCAACUUAGAUUCGUCCCUCCCUCUCCAGUUAUCUAUUGGCAAUUGCUUACAUUAUACUAAAUAUCCAUUUCAGAAGACAACAUAUAGUGACUUCCAUUGUACCCAUAUUAAUGGGAGUCGCUAUGAGUUUAAUCCAAUCUGAAUCAGAGAAAAAUUUCAAUAAGCACUUUUCCAAUAUAAUUGUCAUAUUAGUCAUUAGAAAUAUCGCUAUAUUUCUGACAACCUUGAAUAAUUGACAAAAGAAAUGAUCGUGAGACUGGUUAUGGAGAUUGGAAGGGUGCAUAACUAGUUUCACAAGUUUAACGUUUUAUUGACCCAGUCCAGGAAGUUUCUAGUUUAGACGCGAUUGCGAGCCAUUAAUCUUCUUCAGCAAGGAGGAAUUUUACCGAAAGCACGCGGCGAAGUAAACCAGCGGAAAGGAUCGGUCUAAUUUUGGCAAAGCCUACCUUCGAUACUCGGCAUGAACCAUGUUUGAGAAAAGAGCCGUUCGUCUAUCUACGUGGGUGUGAUGGUCCGGUCGUGUUAUUCGUUUAUUAUGCUAGCUGGCUUUGGCUGGCUUAUAUUGUGCCGGGCCCGGCGUUGUAAAAGCGCGGCUGCUGCCACUGUUCACCGAGUCCACGCAACCGAUACACCCACCAGUUCUUUCAUUUUGCGAUCACGAUCGAUCCUCCUCGCAUCGAGGAUCGACGCGUGCCAAUCAUGUUCUUUGUGAUCGUUUAUCACGAGUUCGGUGAACUUAAUUGCAAUUAGUCCAUUAGACCCUCCUUAUCCGUCUAUAGUGUAACGAACAUAAUUAAUAUAUGCAAUUUAUGUGGUAAAUGUGUACUUCGUGUAAGAUAACUAUUUUUAAUAGUGAACCUACUCGAGAUUGUGACUGUGAUUAUAACUGCGGACGAAUGUCACGAGGUCGGUUUUACAAUCCGCGAGAUUGCAUUCUGAGACCACGGUGUGUUUCCACUUUCUAAUUAAACCGCGAGCUACACUGCAAAUACGGGAAGCGUUCAAUUUAGCGGCAGGUAUGAUCGUAAAUUUCAUUGCGGAAUUCAUGGUAUGUUCCGAGCCGUUUUAAAAGUUCUCCAGAGGGUCGUGCAGAGAUACUGUGUACAAUAAAAUGCGCCGGGGAACGUUCGUUGUGUUUUGAGGUGUCGUGACGGUAAUCGAUGAUUCAUGUCAACGGAGAUUGAAAUUACAGUGGAAGAGUUUAGGUGAUCUAUGCCUGUGAAGCGAGGAGACACCCAACGGGACGUUCCUAUCGGGUGAGAAUUAUUUAAAUCGCCGUUGGGACAGCUGAUUUAUGUCAUUGUCAGAGCCAUGCCACUCAGAUCGGAAACGUCCUCUUCGAGGGAUACCCUUAACACUGUUACGACAGUUACGACCACGGGCGACCGACGUCGUACCGGAAGAUACGUCGCCGUUGGGGCCGUGCUGGCAAUCACGCUGCUCGCCGUGCAUCAGACGCUCCUGCGGGAAACGUUCCCCGUGACCGGCAUCUGCAUACCGGCCAUAAUAAUGGUGUCCUACAUCCUCUGGAUCCUGUAUUCCGCCCACCGGGACCGGCGAAGGGCAUUGAGAUUCGCGACAGCAAUGCAGUUGACGGAAGUGAUCAACGUCCCGAACGGAACCGGCGAGAUGAUCUGCAGAAAUGGAAACAGUAAGGAGGAGAAGCGAAAGUCCGACACCGCCAAGUCGAAACUGGCGUACACCGCGAGGGAAUCUCGCGAGAAUCCUGCCUUCUCUUCCAAGGACGAAGCCGUGUGAAGCAGGAAGUCGUGGAACUUUCUAUUACUCGGCCUCCGCUCUCGUUUUAGUUCCACAAAUUCAGAAAAAGUACUCGCGUUUUCAAUUUUUAUUUGAAGAUGAAUGCGAAUGUCCAUUAAUGGGCAAAUUAUUAAUGCCACGAAUGCUCGAAAUUAGAAUAAUUCCUGAAUUUUUGUAGAAAAAAGCAAAUAGGCAAAUUUUAUUUAUUUGUCUAACAGAUUCUUUAAGAAUAUUUCCAAUCGCUCAUACGACAGAAAGAUCGACCAACAAUUGAGAAUUUAUAAAUCGAUCUGAGAAGAUUCAGAAAUUAUUCCAAUUUCGGUGACGAGAGGCUCACAGACGACCCAGUAUGUUGAAUAAAUCUGUACAUGUUCGAUCACAUCGAAGCGAGCGAUCGGAUUUCACGAGGCGGAAUUACCUGUUAAACGUUGACGCACGACGAUAUUAACGCGAUCGAGUUUUUCGUUCGCCACCCAUAUAUUAUAUGUAUAUAUUGCAGAAUAAAUUUACUCAACAACGCGGGCAUAAAU